CACACACACUCUGAGAGCACCGGUCACUGCCAGCCAUGGAGACAUCUACUUUCCUGCUUGUGUGUGUUCUUGUGACAUGUUCAGUCUGGACUGUCCAGGGGAAAUGCUACCAGGUCAGCAUUGAUGAUCAGGAGCAGGUGGAGAUGGAAGUCUCUGCAGAGGCCCGCAAGCUUCCAGGUGUGUGCUGGGCGUGCAAAUGGGCUAUAAACAAGGUGAAGAAAUGGGCCAGGUCAAAUGCCACUGUAGCGAUGCUGACAAAGAAAUUGCACGUUGUCUGCAGCCAAAUUGGCCUCUUGAAAUCUAAGUGCAGCAAAUUUGUGAAUGCACACCUCGGAGAAUUGGUCGAGGAGCUCACCACCUCUGAUGACACCAGGACGAUCUGCGUCAACGUGGGAGCCUGCAAGCCAAAGGAGUGGGAAGACCUGCUCUUUCAUCCAGACGAUGAGGAGCAAUCAACUGAAAUGAAUAAAUAUCCGUGACAGUGUAUGCAUUGAUAAUCAUUUCUUUCAGUUUUCUUUCUGUUCCUUCUGCCUUUAUUUACUCUGCAAAGCAUGUAAUGUUGUUUUCCAUUCCUGUACCUACGAACGGAUAUCAAUAAAUGGUUGCAACG